AAAUAUUGAAUUGCUCAUAAGAUGUCACAAGUUUCCAUAUUUAUAAAAACGCUGUUCAGUCAGAUUCUACUUGAAUUGAGGGUAGACACAUUGUAGACAGCUGCAGUAGUAUAUAUUGUAAAAAUAUUAGAUUCUUUAUACUACGGCCGGUAAGACAGGCAUCAGGCACUUUGAUUCCCAUGUUCAGCUUAAUUCCUGAAGAAGUGAUUAAUGAGUUAGCCCCAAGGUAGUGCAGCCACUCAUUAAUACAAUAUCUAUGUUGUUCACCUAUAACUGAUCGGGGAUUCCUCGUUCGGAAAGAAUGUUUCUCCAUCUUUUUUGUGGGUAUUUAUUUAGUCAUUGGAGUAUGCUAAGCAAUGUUAUGUUUGUAGGCUACGCAUAUUCCAUGUGAACGUGUGCAUAUAUUAUAAUUAAUAAUAAAAUCCAUCUUUCAUUGUGUGGAAAUGCAGACAAGAAAGUAGAUGGCAUAGGCAUCACCAUGUUGAGAGAGAUUGCAGAGCGUGUCAACUUCACCUUUAGCCUCCAGGAGAUUCCUCCUGAUGGCUACUGGGGUGAGCUGAUCAAUGGCACUUGGGUGGGAAUGUUAGGGCAGGUAGUUCGGAAAGAGAAAGACUUCAUCAUCAAUGGCUUCGCCGUGGUUCUUGAUCGUUAUCAGGCUGCUGACUUCACCGUCCCUUAUUUUACUGACUCUUACAGUAUCACUCUCAAGGUUCCUCCUCCCUUUCCGCGGUGGCUGUCUGUGGUGCAGCCUUUUAGCAGAUGGGUAUGGGUUGCUGUCAUACUAUCGCUUAUAGUCCUUACAAUUAUUUAUCAUAUCCUGAUCAGAAAUGAUCACAAGUUAGUUUACAAUAAUAAGUACGAUGUAGUAUCGUCGCUAGUAUGGUUGUCAAGAAACUUGCUGUACCAGGCAUCGCCAAAUAUUCCUUCUGCACCGGGAUGUAGAGUGUUUCUUGCCUGCUGGUGGAUAGCAGGGCUGGUGCUGUCUACUUCUUACAUGAGUAACCUCAUUGCUUUCCUCACAGUUCCCUCUCAGACGAGCAGAAUUACUACUCUCGAGGAACUCGCCAACUCAAAAAUAAAAAUCCACAUGCUAGACUAUGGAAAUUUCGUACCAGGUUUUUUGUGGUCCUCAAAAGAGCCUGUCCUGAGCAAACUUGGGGAGAAACUUUCCCUUCUUCCUGACUAUGAUAAAGUUAUUGCUGCUUUUGAGGAAGGUGCCGGUGUCCUAGAAGCUUCGGCAUACUCUCAGUUCCUAUUCAUCACUCGACAGAGAAUCAAAACCUCUUACGCUGUUGAAGAGAAACUGUUCCCGAAUUUCGUGGCUUGGGCAUUUCAAAAAGGGUCACCAUACAAACUCGUUUUUGACAGGUACCUUGAGCGCAUGACACAUUCUGGAUUGGUUGAGUAUUGGCAUCGUUCUGUAGUAGACAAGUUUCAACAUUCUACUGGACAAUUAGCAGGUAGCGAAUUUUCUGGAGAAAUGACGAGCCUCCGACCUCUAACUCUAGAAAAUUUACAAGGUGCUUUUAUUGUUUUGGGUUUAGGCACUGUUCUUGCUAUUCUUGUACUACUUAUUGAAGUGAUAACUAACAGGUGUUAAGGAAAGCAGCUGCUACACCCGGCAAUCUACCCUCAGCAACUCUCAAGAGGAUAGGCAUACUGAAUUAGAAUUCAUUUAAUGCAAAAUUUUGGCUUUAAGAUGUUCUGGUAACUUAUUUUAUGGUGGUAACCAUCUUGGAUGCCAAUAUUCUGGUUCUUGUAAGGAAAAUGAGUUUAACCAGACCACUGUGCCAAAAGUACUAAUUCACUGACUUUAACCAAAUUCCUUAACAGUAAAGUUCCACUAUGA